AUGGCAGAGAAAUCACCAUCUAUUCAUGCCGAACCGGAAGAUGGGCAUGCUCUGAGCAGACACUCCACAGAAUAUGGUCCAGUUAAAGCGACCAAAGAUGCAGACGCAGCUCUGCAAUUCACAAUGGGUGAGACCAUCACGUACGAUGAAGCCACCAGUAACCGCAUUCGCCAUACCAUCGACAAACAUCUCAUCCCUUGGAUGUUCGUCACCUUCAUGAUCCAAUACUUUGACAAGACGCUGUUGAGCUAUGCCUCGGUGAUGGGUCUGAUCGUGGACGCAAAGUUGACCACCUCAGAAUAUGCUUGGUGCGGUUCGAUCUUUUAUUUCGGUUAUCUGGCGUUCGUGUGGCCUCAUAAUCGCCUCAUGCAAAGGCUACCCAUUGCACGAUACCUCUCAGGCGUUAUCAUCGUGUGGGGCGGGGUCCUCUGCCUCAAUGCGGCUUGUACCAGUUUUGCAAGCUUGAUGGUCGCCCGCUUUAUUCUCGGUGCCCUCGAGGGUGCAGUCACAGCGGGAUUUGUCCUCAUUACAGCUAGAUGGUAUCAGCGUGAUGAACAAGCAACCAGGACGGCUUUCUGGUACGUUGGGAAUGCCGCGGCACAGAUAUUAGGUGCAGCUUUCGCAUAUGGCAUCGCCGUAGGAUUCGACAAUCCCAAAAUUACUUUCGCUGGCUGGAAAGCCCUGUUCAUCCUCAGCGGAGGCAUCACAUGUAUAUUUGGGACUUGCAUGUGGCUAUACUUCCCAGAGUCUCCAAUUACGGCGAAAUGGCUCAAUGAGCAUGACCGUCGAAUUGCCGUUGAGCGUCUUCGAGUUAAUCAGCAAGGUAUUGGCAGCAAAGUUUUCAAAUGGCCUCAAUUUCGAGAGGCAUUCACCGACCCAAGGACAUGGCUAUGCUGCCUGUUUUGCAUCUUCUGGUUGAUUCCAUCAGGGGGUCUCACCGUGUUUUUUGCCCUGCUCCUCAAAGGGUAUGGAUUUGAUUCCAAAACCACACUCCUCAUCAGCAUGCCGAGCGGUAUCACCCAGAUUGUGACCAAUCUCUUCUUUCCCUACUUGGCCCGCAGAAUCAACAAUCGCAUGCUGGCCGCAAGUCUUGCCGUCAUACUCAGCAUCUUCUCAAUCGCAUUGAUGACUGGGCUGGCCACCCAGGGCCCAACGGCUCAUCGUAUCGGCCAGCUUGUCGCAUAUUAUAUCAUCUUGGGAAAUUCUCCUUCUCCACUGAUCCUGAUUCUCAGCCUUGUUAGUUCAAAUGUCGCGGGCUACACAAAGAAAACAACCGUGAACAGCUUGGUCCUCAUCUCCUACUGUGGAGGCUUCUUGAUUGGGCCACAGACGUUCCGAGACCCUCCAUAUUACACGAAGGCCAAGUACACCAUUCUCGGCGUGUACGUGGCUUCCCUGCUGUGUCUGUUUGGGAUUUGGUGGCUCAAUUGGCGCGAGAACAAGCGACGAGACCGAGUUGCUGCUGAUCUUCCACCUCAACCCACUGGACAGGAAUUUCUCGACUUGACGGACAAGGAAAACAAGUACUUUCGCUAUGCCAUUUGA